CGAGAUCUGGGCUGAGCCUGCCGCUGCUUUGGCUACCAGGCUCCUCAGGUGGCAGCGCCUGUAGUCGGGCUACGGAGGCCGGGUUGCUAGAUUAUGGGAAAGCAUUUAAGAAAUUCCUGGAAUAAAUUAGAGUAAUAUAGGAUCUGCAGAAAAUACCUCAAGAUAGUUGGUAAGGAAAAGAAGAAUUUCUAGACUCUUCAUCAAGAUCUUCAUUUAUACAGCUGUUAAAUCCAAGGCUACUUUGGUGAAAGCAUGAAUAAAAAUACAUCUACUGUCAUAUCACCCAGUCUACUUGAAAAGGAUCCUGCCUUUCAGAUGAUUACAAUUAACAAGGAAACAGGCCUUGGCCUGAAGAUAGUAGGAGGAAUUAACCGGAAUGAAGGCCCGUUGGUAUAUAUUCAGGAAAUUAUUCCUGGAGGAGACUGCUACAAGGAUGGUCGUUUGAAGCCAGGAGAUCAACUUGUCUCAGUCAACAAGGAAUCUAUGAUUGGUGUAUCAUUCGAAGAAGCAAAAAGCAUAAUUACCAGAGCCAAGUUGAGGUCAGAAUCUGCUUGGGAGAUAGCAUUCAUAAGACAAAAAUCCGACAACAGUCAACCAGAAAAUCUGUCAUGUACAUCACUUGUAGAAGCUUCAGGAGAAUAUAGACCUCAAGCCUCAGCAUUUAGUCUUUUUUCGUCUCCUCCUGAAUUACUAACCCCAAAGACCUCAUCCACUCCCAAAACUAACAAUGCCAUUUUACCUUCUUGUAAGAUAGAAACUGGAUACAACAAAACAGAACAGAUUCCAAUUACUUCUUCAGAAAACAGUACUGUGGGUUUGUCUAAUACAGAUGUUGCUUCUGCCUGGACUGAAAAUUACGGACUACAAGAAAAGCUCUCCCUAAAUCCCUCUGUUCGCCUUAAGGCAGAGAAACUGGAAAUGGCUCUAAAUUAUCUUGGUAUUCAGCCCACAAAGGAACAACACCAAGCCCUGAGACAGCAAGUACAAGCAGACUCAAAAGGGACAGUGUCUUUUGGAGAUUUUGUCCAGGUUGCCAGAAACUUGUUUUGCUUGCAGUUGGAUGAAGUAAAUGUCGGUGCACAUGAAAUUUCCAAUAUAUUAGAUUCACAGCUUCUUCCUUGUGAUUCUUUAGAAGCAGAUGAAAUGGAAAGGCUCAAGCGUGAAAGGGAUGAUGCCUUGAAAGAAGUGAAUACACUUAAGGAAAAAUUAUUGCAAUCAGAUAAGCAAAGGAAACAAUUGACAGAGGAGCUGUAUAAUGUGAAACAAGAAGCCAAAGCUGUAGCUGAAGAAACAAGAGCCCUGCGAAGUCGGAUUCAUCUUGCUGAAGCUGCACAGAGACAGGCACAUGGAAUGGAAAUGGACUAUGAAGAAGUGAUCUGUCUGUUAGAGGCCGAGAUUACAGAGCUAAAGGCUCAGCUUGCUGAUUAUUCUGACCAAAAUAAAGAAAGUGUUCAGGAUUUAAAAAAGAGAAUUAUGGUACUUGACUGCCAAUUACGAAAAUCAGAAAUGGCUCGAAAAACUUUUGAGGCAUCCACUAAAAAGCUUCUUCAUUUUGUAGAGGCUAUUCAAGAAGUAUUUUCUGAUUAUUGUACUUCUCUAUCAAAUUUAAGUGAAAGAAGAGCUGUGUUAGCUUCUCAGACUUCUCUCACACUGAUGGGAAGGAAUGGACAUAACAUCCCAGCAACGCUGGUGCUUGAAUCUAAGGAACUUAUUAAAUCUGUUCGUGCCUUACUUGAUACGGAUUGUUUACCUUAUGGGUGGGAGGAAGCUUACACAGCAGAUGGAAUCAAGUACUUCAUCAAUCAUGUAACACAGACUACAUCCUGGAUCCAUCCUGUGAUGAGUGUCCUGAAUCUGUCUCGCUCAGAGGAGAAUGAAGAGGAUUGCUCUAGAGAACUCCCCGACCAGAAAAGUUGAUGGUUUUCCUUAGGAAGUGGAGUUCCAUGGUCAUCUGGCAUCUCAGUCUACAUGGACGACGUGAGCAGAGACACAUAACAUCCAAUUCUGAGAUGCAACAGCCUAAAAUAGGAGUGAAGCAUACACUACUUGUUGAAGGGUAAAAUAGAGUCUCUGGACUUUGGAUAUUUUUGUAAAACUUUUGAUAUUUCUGUAUACAUUUUUAAAAAAAAUCGCCACUACAGUAGUUCUUUGAGAAUAAUCUAGUCAUAUUUUUUGAAAUCACAUAAUUAGACUUUAUAAUAUAUAUACUUUUUCUUAUAUAAUUAGAUCUUUCUUUGUAAUUUCAUAUGUAGUUCUUCAUAAGGUCUUGACAUACUGAAAAAGUAUAUGAACAUAAUGAAACACCUCAUUAAUUUGAUAAUUCAUUAACCUUUUAUAUUCAUCUAUUAGGAAAGUGAUCUUAGCAGGCUUUUUGGAAUUUGAGGAUCACAUUUAGACAUCUGAUGGGCUAAUGAAUACAGCUUAUAUCUUUAUUGAGCUUUCUAAUUUA